AUGGACGAUGCCACAGGCGACAGGGGCUGUGUUGCACUGUAUUCUAAGGCUAUAAAUCUGAAAUAUGGACUUGCAACCGCUAAUGCAGUAUCCACUGUAAUCACUCAAAGAAUCGGGCGUUUGCUAUUGGUCGGACUGAAUCGGCCACACAGAUCGAACAGUAUCGACCGCAAGACUGCGAGAGACCUGUGUCAUGUGAUACGAAAUGAGUUCGAAAGGGAUGAAAAUAUACUUGGGGGAGUUUUAUACGGUGAGGGAAUCGACUUUUGCACGGGACUGGAUUUUGACCAACUGUCAGACGAGGGACCUGAUACCUUUGGUGAUACUAAAUCGGUAGACACUGUUCGUCCGAUGGGUCCUACAAACUUCGCCUUCACCAAACCCUUGAUUGCUGCAAUCACUGGACGAGCUAUAGGCGGUGGUCUGGAAUUGGCUCUAGCCUGUGAUCUACGAGUGGCCGAGGAAGACUCCUUGCUUGGACUGCAUCCGCGGAAAUAUUGUAUGCCCAUGAUGGACAUGGGCGCGAUACGGUUGCCCGCCCUAAUCGGACUGUCCAGAGCGCUGGAUCUCACGUUGACUGGCCGAAGUUUAACGGCUUCGGAAGCAUUGCAGUUCGGUCUGGUAAAUCGCGUAACCAAACUAGGCACAGCCAUCGGGAUCGCCGUCCAGAUGGUGAACACAAUUUGCAAUCUUCCUGGACAAGCAGCACUCCGGGUGGAUCGUGAAAAUUUGCUACAGACCUAUGCACUGCGAUACAAUCUUGAAAAGGUUCAGUUCGAACGAACAAUGGAAGCGCUACGUUCAGAAAGUCAUUUAGGUGUACAUUGA